AUGGGCGAUUUUAACGGAGACUCGAGUCUCGGGUUUGACCAGGCUCGACGCCGAGCCGACGAGAUAGCUCGACUCCGAGCUGACGAGGCUCGCCAAGCUGACCAAGCCCAGGGUAAUUUUAGUGGGGACCCGCUCCCCUUUGACCAGGCUCGACACCGAGCCGACGAGGUGGCUCGACUCCGGGCUGACGAGGCUCACCGUCGAGCUGACCAGGCUCAAGGCGAGGUGAGUAGCCCUACUGACCCUCGUCAGGUCUCUAUGCGCUCUCAGCAGAGCCCCCAGCAGAACGUCUAUACUCAGGUUCCUUGGACUCCUUGGACCCCUCAGCAACAUGUGUGGUAUGGUCAGUUCGAACAUCAGACUGCCUAUGGUUAUCCCCAGGACGCCCGUGUCCCAUAUCAGUACAGCCAAUAUUAUGAUUUCUACGCACCCGGAACCCAUGCUGGCUACCACCAGCAUCAGCGCUACGAAUCAGCUGUAGGUGGUCACAAUAACAUCCCCAAUGGAUCUUACGGUGGAUAUCCCCAGAACCAGCAGCCUCAUUAUCAACGUCCAAGCCGCUGGCAGCACGUACUCACUCCUGACGGCUAUGUCGUGAGGGAUAUGCAGGAAAUUGUUGAUCGCGAGCCGGCCAUCCCUAAUGCCGUCCGAGCCAUUUGGUCGCGUCGUCCGGAUUUGUCGAGCUCACUCGAAAAUCGGGAGGGUGGUACUAACGUGUACAUCCGUGGUUUCCGGCCUGAGACCACAGAUCACCUUCUGCUUGCCUAUGCUUCACGCUUCGGUACAAUCGUCAAUUGCAAGGCUAUCAUUGACUACACAAAUAAUCAGUGCAAAGGAUUUGGUUUUGUGAUGUUCGAAAACUUUUUUGCUUGCGAUAACGCAAUUCGCGCAUUCACUUGGGCAGGAUAUCAGGCUAGCUUUGCCCAAAAGUCUCGCAAUGACCGGUUGGCCGCCCUGGCAGAUCUGACUUCAACAAACAUCUAUUGCACUAACAUUCCGCAUUGGUGGAUGGAAUCCAACCUUGCAGAAUAUUUCUAUCCCUUCCCGGUAGUGUCUGUCAAGAUUAGCCGCAAUGAAAACGGUGUGAGCAAGGAGGUCGGUUUCGCUAAGUUCGCAAAUCGGGAAUUGGCAGAGGAGGCAAUUAACAGCUUCCACCAUGAAGGUGCUAAGGGCUUGGACGAGCGAGGCGUUGCUCGACUUUCUCUUCGCUUCGCCGAUACCCGCGAGCAGAAGCUUUUGAAGGCGGAAAAUGCCCAGCGCCGCGAUUUCCGGGCAUAUGAAUACAGCCAGUCGGUGACCUUGUCACCUGACCGCAGCUCACAAAAUACUUCGCAACAGGCCCAUCGGUCAUUUUCCCCUGCUCCUCAAUACUCUCGGGAUAUUUUCACCCCUGCGCCGAAUUACGUGCACGCUGAGCUUUCGGGGCAAACCCCCGAUACCACGUCGCCGGCUGUGGGCACCAGUGUGCGCUCUGAUUGGACUCCCGAGUCCUCUAUGUCGCCGUCGGUGCAAGCUCACAAGCACAGCCACCCAAAGCGCCCAUCCAACCUGCGUGAGUCUAUUUCUGCUUCGGGCGAAACCGAUGAGUCCUCCGGCGAGGGCGUCAAGGAGCAGGUCGUGGAGGCUGUUAGCAAGGUUGUCAAGGGUACUAUCGGCAAGAACGAAAACUCCGUGAGGGCCUUCAGCCAUAUCGUCCAAAACACCAAUUAUGACCAGCAAUACCCAACUCCUGGUUGCAUCUUUCCUCGCCGCACCCAGUCAACCCGCCGGGCCUCGGAGGUUUAUGAUGCUAGCCAAAGUCGUCCUCUCCGACCCCUCGAAGACAGCGUUGCUCUCGGGGAUCGCUUCUGUGGCGGACAGCGUGUUCGUUCUCUCGGACUGCGUGUUCGUUCUCUUGGAUCCCCAGAUAUCUAA